UAUAUAUAUAGUACAAGCAGUUUUCCACUCUGCAAAAAAAGGCAAGAAAAAGAUUAGUGUUUUUCCGAAGGGAAAGGGGGAAUGGCGAGCCCUCCGAAGCCGUGGAAGGCUGAGUAUGCUAAGUCGUCGAGAUCAUCAUGCAAGACUUGCAAGAACCCCAUUGAAAAGGAAAAUCUCAGGCUUGGGAAGAUGGUCCAGGCCUCCCAAUUUGAUGGCUUCAUGCCUAUGUGGAACCAUGCUGCUUGUAUCUUGAGGAAAGCAAAUCAGAUAAAAUCGGUUGAUGAUGUUGAAGGGUUAGAAUUGCUUCGUUGGGAAGAUCAGCAGAAGAUCAGGAAGUAUAUUGAUGGUGCUGUGAUGUCAAAUUCCUCUGCUCCUGCUGUUGUAGAAUGCGGCAUUGAAGUUUCACAAACUUCUCGCGCAACUUGUCGCUGCUGCAACCUAAAGAUUGUGAAAGGAGAGAUUCGCAUUUCAACUAAGCCUGAAGGUCAAGGUCCCAGAGGGUUAUCUUGGAACCAUGCCAAGUGUUACAUGGAAAAAUCCCCAACUUCUCAAGUAGAGAAAUUUUCUGGAUGGGAAAGUCUUUCAGCCUCUGACCAUGCUGCGAUUAUUUCACUCGUCAAGAAGAAUCCAUCCACAUCAAAAGGCACAAAAGUGGGGCAUGAGGAAGAGAGAGAAGUAUUGCAAGAAUCAACAUCUAAAGGUGGUGCCAAGAGGAAAAGAGCCUUGGAAAGUGAUCAGAAAUCAAAAAUUUCUAAAGCUGGAGGAAACGCUUCUUCCGAGAAGAAUUCCUCUUCAAGUAAUACUAAAAGUUUAGAAGAUGAACACUCUAAAGCAUCUGUCCUGGAAAGCCAACUGGAGACGCAGACCAGGGCAUUGUGGGACCUUAAAGAUGAGCUCAAAAAGUAUGUCACCACAUCAGAGUUAAGAGAGAUGCUUGAAGCCAAUGAGCAGGACUCAAGAGGAUCAGAACUUGAUCUGCGAGAACGCUGUGCUGAUGGAAUGCUCUUUGGAGCACUUGUGAAGUGCCCUAUGUGUUCUGGAUCUCUCCAUUAUUCCUCAAGCAUGUAUAGAUGUGGUGGAUAUUUAUCAGAGUGGAGCAAGUGUUCAUAUUCUACAACUGAACCUCAGCGUGUUAAGGCCAAGUGGAAAAUCCCUGAAGAAACAGGAAACGAGUAUCUUCUGAAGUGGUUUAAAUCGCAAAAAAUGAAAAAACCUGAACGAAUGCUUCCUCCAACUACGCCCGGUGGGUCAUCAGGCAGUAAAGCUGCUAAUGGGCCACGCCAAUCUUCCAUGGUUGAAAAUAUUGGAGAUCUAAAAGUGUCCAUUGCUGGUGUACCUAAUGGGUCAAUGGAGGAGUGGAAGCACAAAAUUGAGGGAGCUGGUGGACAAGUUCAUAUGAAGAUCAAAAAAGAAACCAACUGCUUAGUUGUCUGCGGAGUGCUGGAUGAUAGUGCUGCUGAGAUGAAAAAGGCGAGGAGGAUGAAGAUACCAAUUGUGAGGGAAGAUUAUUUGGUUGAUUGCAUAAAAAGACAGAAAAAGCUCCCCUUUGACUUGUACCUAGUAGAAACCACUGAAAAGACACAUGGUAUGGCUACUGUCAAGGUGAAGGGGCAAAGUGCAGUACAUGAGUCUUCUGGCUUACAAGAUUCUGGCCACAUUCUUGAGGAUGGAAAAAGUAUUUACAAUACAACACUGAAUAUGUCUGACUUGUCAACUGGUGUUAAUAGUUAUUACAUUCUUCAAAUCAUCCAAGAUGACAAAAGCUCUGAUUGUUAUGUGUUUCGGAAAUGGGGUCGAGUUGGAAAUGAAAAAAUUGGGGGAAACAAGUUGGAAGAAAUGUCUAAAUCUGAUGCGAUUCAUGAAUUCAAGCGUUUGUUUCUUGAGAAGACUGGGAACUCGUGGGAGUCAUGGGAAGAUAAAAAGGAUUUUCACAAGCAACCAGGGAGAUUCUAUCCGUUGGACAUUGAUUAUGGGGUCAAAGAUUUAUCUAAGAAAAAACAGCUUAAUUUCUCAAGCAGCCAACUUGCACCUCAGUUGGUAGAAUUGAUGAAGAUGCUUUUCAAUGUGGAGACAUACAGGGCUGCUAUGAUGGAAUUUGAGAUCAAUUUGUCUGAAAUGCCACUGGGGAAACUCAGCAAAAGUAAUAUCCAAAAAGGUUUUGAGGCUUUAACUCAGAUACAGAAUUUGUUAAAUGGUACGGCCUAUGCUCCUAAUGUCAAAGAGAGUCUUCUAGUUGAUGCUAGCAACCGAUUUUUCACGGUUAUUCCUUCCAUCCAUCCACAUGUUAUUAAGGAUGAGGAUGAGUUUAAAGCAAAGGUGAAAAUGCUGGAAGCUCUCCAGGAUAUUGAGAUAGCUUCCAGAUUAGUUGGUUUUGAUGCUGAUAGCGAUGAAUCUAUUGAUGAGAAGUAUUCAAAGUUACGGUGCCAAAUUUCUCCUCUUUCUCACGAUAGUGAAGACUUUCAACUGAUUGAGAAGUAUCUCAAUACAACACAUGCUCCUACACAUACAGAAUGGGCUCUUGAAUUGGAGGAAGUGUUUUCUCUUGAAAGGGAAGGGGAAGUGGAUAAGUAUCAGCCUUAUCGCGCGAAACUCAAAAACAGGAUGCUUCUCUGGCAUGGAUCACGGUUGACCAACUUUGUUGGUAUCCUUAGCCAAGGAUUAAGAAUUGCUCCCCCAGAAGCCCCAGCAACAGGCUACAUGUUUGGGAAGGGAGUUUACUUUGCCGACCUGGUAAGUAAGAGUGCUCAGUACUGUUACACGGACCGGAAGAAUCCAGUGGGACUGAUGCUUCUCAGUGAAGUUGCCUUAGGCGAGGUUUAUGAGCUAACCAAGUCACAGUACAUGGAUAAACCUCCUAAAGGAAAGCACUCCACAAAAGGGCUUGGCAAGAAAGUGCCUCUAGAGUCAGAACAUGUGAAAUGGAAGGACGAAGUAGUUGUACCGUGUGGAAAACCGGUGGCAUCAAAAGUCAAGACAUCAGAGCUCAUGUAUAACGAAUAUAUUGUCUAUAAUACAGCUCAAGUCAAGAUGCAGUUCCUACUGAAGGUGAGGUUCCAUCACAAGAGGUGAGACCCAAACGUCAAGUAGAUCUUUAGAUAUGUAUAGUAAUGUAAAGAACGAAACGCGUCAUUUUGGGUAGUAGGUUUUAUCAUCAUCUUCGUAACCAUAUGUCCCUGCCACUGAUAUCUUUGGUGUAAUGCGAAUUGAAUCUCACUUAGAUCUCAUUUUGGGGUUCUCGGGAGAUCUAAGGGGUCAUCGUUUCAGGGUAGUGCGUCGCUUCUCUAAGUAAUGCCGUUCAUCCUGGACAUUUAAUCUA